CGGACGACGACGACGGCCCCUGGCCAAACCAACACGGAAGCAACGGGCCGGACUACCGGGGAAUGGGCACGCAAGUAGUGCCCAAGCGAUGGGGCGCGCGCCUUCGAAGCACUCGCGGGCAGCCGGGGCGCGAAUGGCGCUGCCCCUUUCCCGCCCGGGCCGCGAAGUUCCGCCCCGCCCCUGCGCCCCCGGCUCUUUCUUCA